AUGGAUAGUGAACGACUCGGUGUUGCUAGUUCCUCACGCUCGCUCCGCCGCCGCCGCCGCCUCGUCCCUCCCGCCCCAAACCAAAUCGUUGUCCUCUCCGCCCAACUUUCUCCACCUCCGGAGCCUUCGCCACGAGAUGCUCCACUACUCAUAGCGUGUUUCCGAUCUGCUUACGGAUCCUGCCUCAUGGCAAGGAACAUUGGAGUGAAAGGCGUGAAGGAAUGGGGGAAGCCGAAUUGGGGCAACCGCCUCCCCUAUGGCCUAGGUGAACAAUCUGCGACCUCCAAAGGAGCAGAUAGCACAGAAGUCCUUGUUAGCCAUCCUGCUAACCGUGAUGAUAUUGAUGGUGGUUAUGUAAGCUCGGCCUACGUCAUUAAGAAUACCAGCCAUCGCAACGGUUCUAUAUACGCAAGAGACUCUGGUCUUCGCGGACAAUGCCGUAUUACUGAGCGUGGUGAGACACAACUGGAGCCAAUGAUGAAAACAGAACCCACAGAUUGCUGGCCUGAUAGGGCAAGGUGUUGUGUGCAUUAUACUAGUUGCAUGAUGAAAAUUUUCUCAUUAAAGUUAGCUAGAAUUUCUACUAACAUGGACUCCAUACAACUAUAUGGAUACAUAGCAGUGCGGGAUUGUCAAGAUCAAUUGCUUAAUUAUGUUAUUAAUCAUAGCAGGGAUGAUCCCAUCGUUAUGCGUCAGGGUUCUCUCAUUGAGAUGACUGGACCUAAGCGAGGCAUCUCAAUGACUUCCUCUGUUCUAAUAGAGUUUGACAUGAGGAUUAAGAAAGGAGAGCAAGAAGAAGAUGAUCUACAAUUAGUUGACGGGACAGCAGACUACUGCAAUCUAACCAUGCCUUGCACGCCAUUCACGAAUCGCAUUCAUGGGGAUUGUGGUGCAGUUGACAUCACUUUAGCAAUGUUGUACAGGGCAGUGGAGGCAACAAUAGAGGUUGAUAUAUCAAAACUGCAGAGUGGAUUCAAUUUGUCUCUCAGUUCGUUUGUGUUUAUCCGUGGGUCACCUCACAGAAUUGAGCUCUUUCGUGGCACUAUUGGCGAGUCAUGUAGCUUAAGAAGAUGUGUGAUUUCCGUAACAAAGGAUACUCCGAUGCAUCUAAAGUUGAAAUAUGGUCAAGAAGGCUCUAAAAAUGGUGAGCUUGAACGCUGCUGCUAUUUCAAAGCGAGCAUCCAUGGAUGUGCCUGUCGACAAAUUAAACUUGAGCCUGCCUCUAUCUCAGUGAAGGUGACUUGGUCUGCUGUUUUUUGA